AUGCCGGCUUUGCCCGCACUGCUGCUGCUGCUGAUUCUCGGCUACGCCCACGAGAGCGCCGAAGUGCUGUCUUCACUGCGCAUGGUUUUGCUUCUCUCCUUCCCCUCCCGUUCCUGUGCCUGCCUAGCCGCAAUCUUGGACGACCAGACGGUGUGCGGCCGGGGGGAGCGACUGGCAUUAGCCUUGGCACGCGAACACAUCAACAGCAUCAUCGAGGUGCCCGCCAAAGCCCGCGUGGAGGUCGAGAUCUUCGAACUGCAGCGGGACAGCCAGUACGAGACCACCGACACCAUGUGUCAGAUCCUGCCCAAGGGGGUGGUUUCAGUUCUGGGCCCAGCUUCCAGCCCAGCCUCUGCUUCUAUCGUCAGCCACAUCUGCGGGGAGAAAGAGAUCCCCCAUAUUAAGGUGGGUCCCGAGGAGACCCCGAAGCUCCAGUACCUUCGUUUUGCCUCCGUCAGCCUCUACCCCAGCAACGAGGACGUCAGCCUCGCCGUGUCCCGCAUUCUCAAAUCCUUCAACUAUCCCUCGGCCAGCCUCAUCUGUGCCAAAGCGGAGUGCCUGCUGCGAUUGGAGGAGCUGGUGCGUCAGUUUCUCAUCUCCAAGGAGACGCUCUCGAUCCGGAUGCUGGACGACACCAACGACCCGACGCCGCUGCUCAAGGAGAUCCGAGACGACAAGAUCUCCACCAUCAUCAUCGACGCCAACGCUUCCAUCUCCUAUCUCAUCCUCAAGAAGGCCUCGGAGCUGGGGAUGACGUCUGCCUUCUACAAGUACAUCUUGACCACAAUGGAUUUCCCGAUCCUCCACCUGGAAGGGAUCGUGGAUGAGCACUCGAACGUCCUGGGCUUCUCCAUGUUCAACACCAGCCAUCCGUUCUACCUGGAGUUUGUCCGUAGCCUCAACAUGUCGUGGCGGGAGAACUGCGAGGUCAGCCCUUACCCGGGGCCUGCGUUGUCUGCGGCGCUGAUGUUCGAUGCAGUGCACGUCGUGGUGAGUGCCGUGCGGGAGCUGAACCGCAGCCAAGAGAUCGGGGUCAAGCCCUUGGCCUGCACAUCAGCUAACAUCUGGCAACACGGAACCAGCCUCAUGAACUACUUGCGCAUGGUAGAGUAUGACGGGCUGACAGGGCGCGUCGAGUUCAACAGCAAGGGUCAGAGAACCAAUUACACCUUGCGAAUCCUUGAAAAGGCCCGUCACGGUCAUCGGGAGGUUGGGGUGUGGUACUCCAACAGGACUCUUGCGAUGAAUGCCACGACGUUGGACAUCAACAUCUCAGAGAGCCUCGUGAACAAGACUCUGGUAGUCACCACCAUUUUGGAGAACCCCUACAUGAUGCGCCGCUCAAACUACCAGGAGCUCUCUGGAACAGAGCAGUACGAGGGCUUCUGCGUGGACAUGCUUCACGAGCUCGCCGACAUCCUUAAGUUCCGCUUCCAGAUUAAGCUGGUGGAGGACGGACUCUAUGGGGCACCUGAGCCCAACGGAUCUUGGACCGGCAUGGUGGGAGAGCUCAUCAAUAGGAAAGCCGAUCUGGCAGUGGCGGCCUUCACCAUCACGGCGGAGCGGGAGAAGGUCAUCGACUUCUCCAAGCCCUUCAUGACCCUGGGGAUCAGCAUCCUGUACCGAGUACACAUGGGACGCAAACCGGGCUAUUUCUCCUUUCUGGAUCCCUUCUCCCCAGCUGUUUGGCUUUUCAUGCUCCUGGCGUAUCUCGCUGUGAGCUGCGUCCUCUUCCUAGCUGCCCGGCUGAGCCCCUACGAAUGGUACAACCCCCACCCCUGCCUCCGGGAGCGUCACAACGUCCUGGAGAACCAGUACACGCUCGGCAACAGCCUCUGGUUCCCCGUGGGGGGGUUCAUGCAGCAGGGAUCAGAGAUCAUGCCUCGGGCCCUCUCCACCCGCUGUGUCAGCGGGGUCUGGUGGGCGUUCACGCUGAUCAUCAUCUCCUCCUACACGGCCAACCUGGCUGCCUUCCUCACUGUGCAGCGGAUGGAGGUGCCCAUCGAAUCGGCGGAUGACUUGGCGGACCAAACCAACAUCGAAUACGGCACGAUCAACGCCGGCUCCACCAUGACCUUCUUCCAACGAGAAGAUAACAGUGAUGAUCCGUCUCUUGUAAGAACGCCUGAAAUCACAAAUGAGAAGUUCUUUUUUUUUUAA